AUGGCCCCAAUGAUAGCACGAGCUGGGAAGCCCAUGAAGUCUCAGGAGUUAAUUUUAAGGAAGAUAAGAUGUGCCAGUUAUAAUUACCAGGAUCUUCCAGCGUUUGCAGCUUUUGUUGAGCCUGCCUACCUUUCCUUCUUUCAUUCUUUGUUGGCUCGCAGUGAGGGAUAUCGAUUACUGGUCGUAAGGGGCGGGAUAUCUGGUUCAGCAGCAGAUCCUAAUUACCCUUCUCUUCUGGUGACCAAGAAGCAGGAGCGGGUAGUGGAUUCUGCAGAUUUAUAUCAAGGGCUAGGAAUCCACUGA